AUGCCGUCUCGGGAAGUCGCGGUGUUGUCUGGGAACAGCCCCGACACUCCCGUGCCGAAGCCGCUGCUGGAGAAGCGCCGGCGCGAGCGGAUCAACCAGAGCCUCGAGACACUGCGCGUCCUGCUGCUGGAAAACACAAAGAACGAGAAACUGCGCAACCCCAAGGUGGAGAAGGCCGAGAUCCUGGAGAGCGCGGUGCACUUCCUGAAGGGGGAGCUGGAGGCGGGCGGCAGGAGAGCCCGGCCCGCGCGGCCGGAGCUGGGGCAGCAGCAGCAGGAAGAGGAGGAGGGGGAGGAAGCCCAGACCGGGGCAGGGCCGCGGCUCUUACCACGGCCGCCGCCGCCACCCCUCUGGCGCCACCAGCAGACGUACCGCGAGGGCAUGCGCUCCUGCCUGCUGCGCGUCGGCCACUUCAUCGCCGCCAAGAGCCGCGCGCUGGAGGACUCUGAGGGUCCAGGGCCCGCGGCCUGGCUCAGCCCGCCGGGCGGCGUGGGGGACACGCUGCUUCCGGUCAGCACCCCCAGAUCUCCAGGCCGCGCCCCCUGGCCGGGACACCUGCAGCCCGCCGUCCCCCAUCCGGCACCCAAAAGGCCAAAACUCGGGGUCUGCACCCCCCCCCACGGAUCACACAGACUCCCAGAGAGCACCGGGUUCUGCCCCGGCUGGCAGGGCAGUGCCGGGUCACGAGAGACGGACCGGACCGGAGCAGCGCCGGAAGGACCGAAAGAAGUCGCCAUGCCUGGCCAGGAGGUGUGGAGACCGUGGCCGCAGUAGAGCCGGCAGCCAGCAGGGGGAGCUGUGCCGGUUGGAGCAGGACUCGCCCACAGUGGACACAGUGCCUCAGCCUCCAGCACUCCUGUACACAGAGAUCAGAUCUUCAGAAGAUUUUAUAUUUAACUUAUUGUCUGAAGAGAAGGACUUGAUGUUUUCAAGUUAAUGUUAAUGGGCAUUAUUUAUAACAGCUCUCUCUCUGAUCAAUAGCAAUCACUCCAGCUUUCUCUCAUGCUGAUCAAUAGGAAUCACUCCCAGCUCUUUCUCCUGCUAAUCACUAGGAAUCACCCCCAAAUCUCUCUGAUCACUAGGAAUCACUCCCAGCUCUCCUGCUAAUACCUAGGAAUCACUCCCAGCUCUCUCUCUGAUCAACAGGAAUCACUCCCAGCUCUCCCUGAUCAAUAUGAAUCACUCCCAGGUCUCUGAUCACUAGGAAUCACUCCCAGCUCUCUCUCCUGCUAAUCACCAGGAAUCACUCCCAGCUCUCUCUCUCUGAUCAAUAGGAAUCACUCCCAGCUCUCUCUGAUCAAUAAGAAUCACUCCCAGCUCUCUCUGAUCAAUGGGAAUCACUCCCAGCUCUCUCUCCUGCUGGUCAAUGGGAAUCAGUCGCAGACUGGGAAUGAGAAGUCAAGUCAGCUUGGUGAUGUCAGACUGCACCUCAAGAGUUUCAUGACUAAUUGGAUCUGUUAUUUAUAUUAUUUUCUUCAGUCCUGACCAUGAAAGGCAACCAGAGAGCUUUUGGUUUGCUCGUGUGUCACAUUGUGAUGCUGUAGUGAAAAGCUGUCAUUUCUACUGUUUUUUCACUACUCGUCUCUCCAAAUGACUUUGCCUUCUAGGUUCAUCACUCAAAGCUCAGAUCUUUGUCUUUUUAUAUUAAACAGGCAAAGGAG